ACACUACAUCAUGAGUGACAGUAAAUGUGAUAGUCAGUUUUACAGUGUGCAAGUGGCAGACUCAACUUUCACUGUCCUGAAACGUUACCAACAGUUGAAACCUAUUGGCUCUGGAGCCCAAGGAAUUGUGUGGCGCCGUCAUUGCAGUGCCUUGCCCUUCAUUGGCAGGAUGAGGCCAGUCAGUGUCAUUAUCACCUCAUGGAUUAACCAGGAAGGGAUGCUGUGUGAGGGGUUGGGCUGGCCGUCUCUUCCUUGGUGUCUCACUUCAACUAUGUGUCCAGCCCAGGACGUCAGAACCGUUGGUCUGACCCUGAACCUUAGUCUCUUGCAUGGUAAGACAGUCAGCUGCCGCGACAUCACUGGCCAGCUAAAGUGCUGCUUUUGAUACAGUUCUUGGGGUAAAUGUUGCAGUCAAGAAACUAAGCCGUCCUUUUCAGAAUCAAACUCAUGCAAAGAGAGCUUAUCGUGAACUCGUCCUCUUAAAAUGUGUCAAUCAUAAAAAUAUAAUUAGUUUGUUAAAUGUGUUUACACCACAAAAAACUCUUGAAGAAUUUCAAGAUGUGUAUUUGGUGAUGGAAUUAAUGGAUGCUAACUUAUGUCAGGUUAUUCAUAUGGAGUUGGACCAUGAAAGAAUGUCCUACCUUCUUUACCAGAUGCUCUGUGGUAUUAAACAUCUGCAUUCAGCUGGUAUAAUUCAUAGAGAUUUGAAACCUAGCAACAUCGUAGUGAAAUCAGACUGCACCCUUAAGAUCCUUGACUUCGGCCUGGCCCGGACAGCAUGCACCAACUUUAUGAUGACCCCCUAUGUGGUAACGCGGUAUUAUCGGGCACCAGAAGUCAUCCUGGGCAUGGGCUACAAGGAGAACGUUGAUAUCUGGUCAGUGGGUUGCAUCAUGGGAGAGCUGGUGAAAGGUUGUGUGCUAUUCCAAGGCACGGACCAUAUUGAUCAGUGGAAUAAAGUUAUUGAGCAGCUGGGAACACCGUCCGCAGAUUUCAUGAAGAAACUUCAGCCAACUGUGAGGAAUUACGUAGAAAACAGACCCAAGUAUCCUGGAAUCAAAUUUGAAGAACUCUUUCCAGAUUGGAUAUUCCCAUCAGAAUCGGAACGAGACAAAAUAAAAACAAGUCAAGCCAGAGACUUGUUAUCAAAGAUGUUAGUGAUCGACCCCGACAGGCGGAUCUCUGUGGACGAGGCCCUGCGUCACCCCUACAUCACGGUUUGGUAUGACCCUGCAGAGGCAGAGGCGCCACCACCUCAAAUUUAUGAUGCCCAGUUGGAAGAAAGAGAACAUGCAAUUGAAGAAUGGAAAGAGCUAAUUUACAAAGAAGUAAUGGAUUGGGAAGAAAGGAGCAAGAAUGGUGUUGUGAAAGAUCAGCCUUCAGAUGCAGCAGUAAGCAGCAACGCCACUCCUUCUCGGUCAUCAUCUAUCAAUGACAUUUCAUCCAUGUCUACUGAGCAGACCCUGGCCUCAGACACAGACAGCAGUCUCGACGCCUCAACCGGGCCCCUUGAAGGUUGUCGAUGAUAAGUUAGAAACAGCAAGCAUGUCGCCAUUGAAGGAACUCUCACUUCCAUAGGCCUGAAAUGCUUGGGAGUUGAUGGAACCAAACAGAAAAACUCCAUGUUCUGCAUGUAAGAAACACGAUUCCUUGCCCUUGCUCAGUUCUCAUAGGAUUGUCUGCUUAGACUAUAAAGUGAAGCAGGUUAUGUCUGAAUAAGAAAAGUGCAAGCCACACUGUUAGAGAUUUUUUUCAACGCCAUUUCAGGUGAGCAACUAGGAUAGAUGAAUUUUUUAAAAAGUUGUACGGUAAUAGUAGUGACAGUUUCUCAUCCUCAGUAACUGUUGGGACUUACAUGCAUGUGACCACAAGUGUGUCCUUGGACUCACCAUCUAGCAUUUUGGAAAUCAGUAUUUAAAUGCCAAAUAAUCUUCCAAGUAGUGCUGCUUCUAGACUUAUCUCGUAAUCCUAAGUAAUUUGAUAUCUGUCCAGAAAAAUAGAUUUAUGUGUAUUAAUUGACCACAUCAUAUUAUCAUAUCCUACCUUCUUUUAUGGUAUGAUUUAGUCUAUCUUUUGUAUUUCAGAAGGAGUAUAAUUAAAUCUAUUUAAUAAACAAAAUAUAUAACUUUCCUUAAAUUUGUCAUGUUUUAGGCUGAGAAUUAUCACUGCUAAAACCAAGACACUUUGUUUUCUCUAAGUUGGUUUAGUCCGAAUGAUUGUACAUUCAGCUUUACUGCAUGAUAAAACCUUAAGUUUUGUUUUUUGCUGCUUAAGACAUAUAUACCUUUAAAAUCCUAUCUGUCCUAUCCCUUUUCUCUUGGUUUUCUGGACUUAUUAAUUUAAAAUGCUACCUAGAACUUCACCUUCUCUGUUAGCCACCUGAUACUCCAUGUCAAUAAUAUGAUGGCAGAUGGAUUCCUGAGUCCAUUACCUGCUGUUGUAGCAGAAUUUUAGAGUGACCACUAAAGGUGAUGGCAGUCACUCACCAGGUGCUCGCUUUGCCAAGGCUGGCUGGGACCCUUCCUUAGCAUCUGUCACGUGGGGUAGGGUAUGUGAUGUCCCAUGGCAGCAUUUCCCUUUGCCCACACAGCAGGCUUGCUGGAUUUUCUUUCUUUAUGAAAGAACCCACGUAACUCCCGCUUUCGUCUGUUUUAGGAGGCAAGGCUGAUUCAGAAUGCCUGUUUGUUGUUGUUUUCCACUCUGUGGAGGCAUUUACUUUUCCUAAAGGAAAUCCAUGAAUGUUCUGGGGAAAGAGUAGUGAUUAGCUAUUGAAUGUUUUCUGAUUUAAAACUGCUCACCUGAAAUUGAUCCUUUCAGACUCACUGAUAUGGAAAUAAUUUGGCAGUCACUAGGAUACUGAGUAAUAAUGUCCCUGCAGGAGUGGAGAACAGUGGCCACAUCUUGGCUACUUGUACUCAUAAGCUUUCUCCUUGAGCUCAUUCUGUUACAGAUUCAUAUCUUGUGUUUAGUUAUUUUGGAAGCUAUUGGAUCAACAUUGUUCACAUUUUAUAGAAUGUGUUCUGAAGAGGAACUUUGAUAAGAAAGUUUAUUAUAAAUAUUACCUAAAAUAUAUGAAUCUCUCUGCACCAGUUGUAUCUUGUUGGUUGGUCUCAUCACUGGAAACUGGAACCCUUGAUGAACAAAAUUAAUACUGAAAUAAUAAAUAGUUUUAUAUUGUGAGGUUUAGACACAUUCAAAUACAAGAUGGAAAUACUAACUUGGAUUGAGGCUGAAACACCUGUCCUAUGGCUUGGGAUUAUUUUGGUUUUAGAGGCCUGAUGGUGUGGUGAGGAAAGUUAUCGGUAUACGUACAUAAACAUCUUAAAAUGGCCAUCUCUCUAAUAUACAUGCUUUAAGAAGACUUUACUAAACCUGUCUUUAAAAAGAAAAACAAAGAAAGGGCAGAAUUUUAAAAAUGCUUUCUCUGCCCGAGGCUUAUGGAAAGGCAGCGCAAGGGUGCCGAGGGCACAUCGAGGCCCUGCUUUCCAGGCGCCAUUUGUGAGCAGAGCCAGGAGCCCCGUCCAUGGGCUUCCAGCCACUCGUUCCUCUCUGCGUUCAUGGAUGGAGCCCGUGGCCGUGUGCACAGGUUUCCUACCCAGACCAGCUUCCAUCAGGCAGCAGCAGAUGCCCCUAGGACAGGCCGCAGGCUGCAGAUGACAGAGCUCCAUAGAAAUGCCUCACCCAGUCCAGGGUCCUCCUCCUGAGCCGAGAUGUGCCAGGUCCUGGUGCAGUGCAGAUGGUUUCAGACUGCUCUCUGUGGUGAAUGCUGAUGUCAGAUAAAGAACUGAAAAUGUACUCAACUUUUUCAUCUUUUCUAUUUUAUUUUUGUAAUUUAUAUGGUACACAACCCCGGAAGUAACUAUUUUGAACGCAUAUUUUUAUAAACCAGGUAAUUUAUUAUUAGCCUGGAAUUUGGACUAGGUUUGUUUUGUUCAUUGGCUUAGUUUUCAGUCAAAAAGGAAAUGACUGCCUCCCCUCUGUCGGGUCUUGAUUUCAAGUGCAGGUUCCGGAGAGCAGACAGAGUCUCCCAGAGCGGGAGAGCAGGCUAGAAACACACACUGCUCGGUGUGGGUCGGCUGUGGCCACAGAGAUGGAAGUAGGGCUCUGUUCUUAUCUUUGGGACGCAAAACUCAGAGCCGUAGUGCUGAAAGGAGAUCCCCUCGCAGGCCCCUUCCUGACACCCAGAGUUGUGGUUGAAACACUGAAUGGGAUGCUGGUUUAAUCCAGAUCUGAUGCUGUGCAAGUCGGGGUGUUCACCUGGUUGGUCCCCAGCGUGACUCCUCUGCAUUUCAUACUGGCGGUGAAUACAGCGUGACCUUUCGGAUUGCAUAUCUCAAAAGUAACAUUGCCUAAUGUUUUAUAAUAAAAUAUAUUAUAUGUGUUUUGAUUGGUGAAAAUAAUACAGAUACAUUUUAAAAGA